AUGGAGAGUAAGAUAAUUUUGAGAAGGUCAACUAGAAUAAGUCAAAAUGUUUAUCAGAAUAAAAAUUCAAAUUAUGAGUUAAUCGAAAAUACAAGUGAUGAUGAUUUAACAAAUGAAAAGAAGGAUAAAAGAAAGAAUAACAAUAUUAACUAUUUGGACGAACCUGUAACAAGCGCUGAUGAAAACAAUUUAACAGACGACAGUGACUACACUGUAGACAGGAAUGCGAAAGAGGAUGAUAAUGAUGAUGAGGUUUAUGAUGACUCAUCGGUUGACUUCAGGAGGAAAAGAAAAGAUGGUAGCAAUAAUAAUAAAAAUAGAAGUAGCAAUAAUAAAAAUAGUAGUAGUAAUAGUAAUAAGAAUAGAAUCAAAAAUAAUAACAAGAAUAAAAGCAGUAAUAGGAAUAAGAACAGAAACAGCAAUAAUAACAAGAACAGAAGCACUGAUAAUAAUGAUGAACUGCACAACAAACGAAGGAGCAUAGUUGCGUGCGAAAGCGAAACCCAGAGCGGGGAACAUUUAUCUGAUGAGAAUUUUGGCAAUUUAAUAACUAGUAAAAAACAUAGUUUUAGAAACAAUAGUUACCUAGAAAGACUAAAUAAAGGUAUUGAUGAUGAUGAUUUUGAUAUAUUUAAAAAAAGCAGCAAAUUCGAUAGAAAUAAAAGAAUAUCAACUAAUAAUGGACGUAAUAAUAUGACAGAAAUAAAAUUAAAAAAAAGAAAAAGCGUAUAUGUUGAAUCAAGUAAUAGCGAGGAUUCAAGCGAGAGUGAUGAUGAAUACUCAAACGAAAGCAUAAGACCUAAGAAAAAAUUAAAAAAGAACAACAAAUCAUUUAAUACUACUAUUGCUAAUAAUAUGGGACGUAAGCACAACGAUAUGAACUCUCCUAAAAAUUUCGAAGAUUUUAAUUUAUAUGAAAAAAUUAAAAAAGGGCCAAAACAUUUACAUGAAAUAAUUGAAGAAAUAUAUUACAACUUAUUUAAUAGAGAACAAAAUGAAAAGGUUAAGAUAUCGGCUUUCUUUUUAAAUUUUUUAGCUGAAUGUUCAGGUAAUGAAGCGCUUACUUGGACAACUGACAUAAUCGAUUAUAUAGAUAAACAGGUAUAUUUGUAUGAGGAAAUUUCUACUAACAACACGGAUAAUUCAUUAUUAAACAAUGGAAAUAAUAAUACUAGCACAUGUAGUACUAAUAAUAAUGCGUCAAAAGACACAGCUAUGAAAGAAUUAAUAACACCAUCAACAGCAAAGUCUUGUAUCAAAAUUUCAAAUAUUGAUGAAAUAAUUAAAGAUGAAAACAGUUUUGAAAAGGUGUGUACUUUUAAAUGUGAAAAAUUAGAGCAAUACCUAACCACUGAUUUAGAUAAUGAUGUAUUAAUAAAGAGUAAGAAUGAGAAUAAUAAAUCAUAUAAAGCAUUCACAAAUUUUUUUUCUGAUUUUUCUUAUCAUUUUGAUGAAAAUUAUAUAUAUGAAGUACUAUAUAUAUGUAUAUGGGUGUUUUCCCUAAGUGUAAGCAAAUAUAGAAAAAUUAGAUUCGCCUCUUCACUUGCUAGUUUUUCCAUAUUACUGGGGUUAUGCAAAAAAAUAAAUUAUAUUAACAAUCAUGAAAAACAAUCAAGAAAGCAAUUAUUAGCAGAAUAUUCCAGGGAAAGAACAAAUAACAAAUCGACGAAAAUUAACAGAGGAGAUAACAGUCGAACAGUAGAAAGAAGUAGGAGUAGUACUAGUAUUACCAAUACCACUACAAUUACUGCUAAAAAAGGUAUAGAUAUUGAGGAGCUUAUUCAGUGUAAUAAAAACAGGAAUAAUGAGGAAUUGUGUGCUAUCAUGGAUCGAAAUUUAAUUAUUACUCAAUUAAUUAAUAAUAUAAAUGAUGACAGAAAAAAUUUAACCAUAUUAAAUAAUUUUCUUCUGUGUACGUACAAUAUUCUUUAUAAAAAUAAAAUAAGAGAUGUGUUUGUAGAUAUCCGACUCAUAACGUUGGAAUAUUUACAUUAUUAUUUACAAGUAUUAACGACUUAUUUUACGAAUAGAAAAUUUACAAAAUUAUUAAUAUGGGUAUUGCAUGAUAAGGAGAACAGAGUUAAAAUAUUCUCCCUGGAUGUUUUAACUUAUUUAUGUAAUCUUUACAAUACUAGUACAAAUAAAAAUUUCAAAGUUGUUGAACUGAUAUACAUGUGCAAAAAAAAAUUACUAAAUUUUAUUUUUGACAAUGAUUAUAAUGUUAGAAUAAAAACAUUUGAAUUGAUAUUACAAAUGAGUAAAAUGAAAAUUAAAAAAAAUGAAUUUCUAAGUUUUAGGAAGCGUGCCAAAUAUAAGAAUAUCAAUAAUAAUAGUAACAAUAGUGGCAAUAAAAAAGACAGGAACCAAGUGGAUUCGUCGUCGGAAUAUGAAUUCGACGGGGAAAAUAAUAAUACCUCAUCUUGUUCUGAUAGGGUUGAGAAUAACAAUUUAGCUAUAGUAUAUGACAAUCAUAAUAAUGUAAAUCCAUCGACCUCGGGUAUCGUGAAUAUACUAUCCAAAAGGGAAAAAAAAAUUGUUAGCAAUUUAAUAUGGUUUAAUAAUAACAAUAAAAUAUCAAAAAUAAUAACCUCCUUAAUAUAUGAAUCUCGAAUAAAAAACAAAGUUAAACAAAAUGAUAAAAAAAAAAAUAAUAACUACUUCGAUGUAGAACAGAACGAGACAAAUAACGAAAUAGAUAGAUAUAAUAUAAUAUAUAUAACCAAAUAUUUAAAUAAGAAUAUUCCGACAGUUAAACAUUUUGUGCAUUAUUUUGACUAUCUAACAAAUUAUAAUGAAAAUGUCAAAUUGUAUACAGUAAUUGAUAAAUUUAUUACUGGUAUUAGGGAGAAACUAGAUUCCAUAAAUAAUAUUGAAACAAUAAUUGAACUGUUAUGUGAAGAUGAUAUUGCCUGUGUGUAUUUGAAUAACUCCAAUCAAGACAUCAGAGAUAUGGGUGCAAAAAAUGGAAGCGGCCAAGGGAUAUAUCGGAUGGAGGGGGAUCAUGCUAAAAGUAACAAAGACAAAAACAAAAAGGGAAACGUCCAAAAAGAUAACACAAAAAAAUUAAAAGAUAAAACUAAGGGGGAUGGAAGUAGUAUUACUGGAAGUGAAAGCAACUCCAAGAGUGGUAGAGACACAGACAGCGAUAGGGUUAGCGGUGAUGGUAGUAGCAAAGAGGAAGGAGCCAAUAGACACAUUAACAAAUCGAGAGCAGAUUACAAUUUACGGAAAUGUCUGCUACAUAUCUGUGAAUCGUCGUAUCGAAAUUUUCAAAAGGACAUAAAUGAAUUAGAAAAAAAUAAGAACAAGAAAAUUUCUUCAUCGAGUGUGAGUGGUAUUUCGGAUAAAAAUAUGGUGAACACAAAACUAAGCCAUGACACAAAUAAAAUAAAAAAAUUGAUCAUGUACACAUUUCAUAUAAUAAAAAAUAGCAAAUUACUUAUAAAACUACAUCAAACAAAUCAAGAGCAUUUGUUACUAGUUUUCAAAAUAUUAAAAGUGGCACUACAUGAAUGUAAACAUAUUUACAAAUGUGAAGAAAAAAACAAUAUAUAUAACUUAUCCUGUACAAUUAUGGAAUAUUUUAAAAAUGAUAUUGACAGUAACAUAACGUUUUUUAUUAAUAACGUUUUUACAUAUUUAAAAGAAACGUAUGAAUAUUUAUUUUAUUUGUUGAAAAAUUUUAAGUUGCCUUAUUAUUCAUCCAAAUAUACUAUGAAUAUGAUAUCUCUAUUUUUAUCUUUAAAUGAUGAAUUUUUAAAAAGUAAUAAUAAAUUAUCAAGUGAUUUAUUUUUUGAUUUAUAUUACUCCUAUUUUAAUAAUUUCCUUGAUGCAUUUUUAUAUUAUCGUAAGAAUUAUAAUGCUGAAAUUGACUGUAAUGAAGAAGAAGAAUAUAUACAAAAUAAAAAAAACAAGGUUAUUAUUAUUAAUGAAAAUUUAGUGCAUAAGGAUAAAAAUGUAGUCAACUUGAUUGAAAAUGAUUUAACUGCAAACAUUACCAAUUUGGUUCAUAUAUAUACCUUAUGUUUUAAUUAUAUAAAUAGGGACUUAUCUAAUUAUGUAGAAAGAAAGAAAAACGAUAUAAAAAAAAUAGAUAAGAGCAUUAAAAAAGUUAUCGAAGAAGAUUAUUUUAAGUUUAUUGUUAAUGAAAAAUGUCAAUCGAUUUUUAAGGAUAACAUUUAUCUCAAUGAUAUCUUUGAUGAAAAUGCGAUGGUGUACUAUGAUCAACAUUUCUUACAAAAUGAUAGCGAACAAGACGAACGGGAAGUAGAUGAUGAUAAGAAUGAAGAUUAUACUGAAGAGUCAGAUGUCCAUGGGGACGAAUAUGACGAGGAGGAGAACGAAGAUUUAACUUUCAAUAAUCAAAGAAAUAAUAAGGAAAAAUGGACAAAGAAAAAGAAGAGCAGCAAUAAUACCAAGGGAAAAAGUGGAAAUAAUGAAAAUGUGAUAAUGUGUGGUCAAAAAAUAAGCAAUAAAACUAGUACAAUUAAUAAGAAUGAGAGUUUUCCAUAUAUACAAAGCAUUAAUAACUUAUAUUACAAUUCAGAUGCUUGUAUGUAUGCAAAUAUAAUAAUACAUUUAUGCUUAUAUAUAAUAAAAGCUAAAAUUAAUUCUAUAUAUUACUAUGAAGGGGGGGAUACUCUUCCAUGUACUCCCUCAUCUAGGUUGCUCUUAUUGUGUAUUGAUCAAAUAUAUAUUAUAUAUGAAAAUUAUAUUUAUCAUUUAUGCAAGAAAAGGUAUUUUUUUAAUUAUUUAUUUAAUUUCUUUUUAAAAAAUUACAACAAUAAAGGAGAUGGAAAUAAUAAUGUAUCAAAUUCGACGGACAUUAAGAAUGAGGCCCAUUCAGGAAAUAAUAUAAACUGGGCGAGCGAUGCAAAUAAGGGGGAAACAGGUGGAGCUGAAAAGGGAAGAACUACCAAUAAUAAUGGUAACAAUAGCAAUAGGAGUAGUGGUAAUAUAGAUGUAGACGAUUUAAAAAAUUUGCAUAAUCUUAAUGGGAAGAAAAAAGGCCUAUUGAAAAAUCUAUUCCUAGAGUUAAAUUAUAUAUAUAAUAAUAUUAUAACAUUAAGAGACGAUUUCAAUGACGUACUCAUAUUUUUAAUUAAAGCUUCAAAUAAUACAGUAUUAAAGUAUGGGUCCUUUUUAACUUUAAUGAAUAUUGCUCAACUAGAAAAUGUGCUUCUAUAUUCAAUGGAUGAUUUAAAAAGGUAUAAGACAUUAGAACUGUUUCUAAAUAUGACUGAUAAGGGGAAAGAGGAUCAAAAUAUAGACGGAAUGGACAGGACCACUAGCUUUUGCGAUUUGGGCUGUUUGGAAAAUGUGGAAAAUGAUGGGAAUUUGGAAAAUAUAAAAAAUAUGGAGAAUUGUCCAAAUUCGGAAGAAUCGGAAAAAUUGGAAAAUUUGGAGUAUUUGGAAAGACUUAAAAAAAAUUAUCUCGACAUCAAUGAUGAACUAAACAAGUACAAAAGCGUCUCUAGAUAUGUAUACAAAGAAGACAAUGUGCUUUUCAAUUUUGUGACUGAAUUGUUCAAAAAUGUGGAAAAUAUAAACAAUGACAACUACAAUUUUGUUAAUUCCUUUUUGUCUAUAGAUGUAAGUGUAUUUUUCCCAAUAAACACAUAUACAUAUAUUGCUGAUAUGUGUAAAAUAUAUAAUAAGGACGAAUUAAGUACUAAUUCCAAAAUUUUAGAAAUGCAGUAUAUGCAUAUGACUUUAAUUAUAGCCCAAUUUAUUUUAAAUUGUAAUAAUAUCAAUAUUUUUAAUAGUUGCUUAGGAGUAUUAUUAUUAAUACAUCUUAAUGUGAAAAAUAAAGGGUUAUCUUCUAUCGCUUUAAAUUUUCAUAAUAAAUUAAAGAAGUAUAGUAUCGAUAUUUUUUACGAAGUAUUAUUAUGUGCAUUAAUUGGUUUAUAUACAGCCUAUAUUAAUAAUGCAUUAGAAGAAAAGGAUUUGUUACUAUUUAGUACAUCUAUAGCUAGUCGUUUAGGAGUUAAAAUAGUAGACAAACAAAAAUUGCCAUUGUGUAAAUUUAUUCAUUCUUGUGUUAAUUGUGCAUUGAAUUUAAAAAACCAAAAUUCUUUCAUAAAGUAUAUAUUGCCCUAUGCGCAGAAAUUAAAUCUAUCCGAAUAUCAACAUAGUUAUUUGAAGAAACAAAUUCUAAAUCUAAUUGAGUCAUAUAAUGCUUCUAAUAAUACACAGAUAAAAUUUGAAAAUAGUAUUUUCGAACAUAUGCUACUAAUAAUUUGUAAAAAAAGAAAAUUAAAUGAAGAGUUUAGAGAUUCCAAUUAUGAAAAUUCUUAUAUGAAUUUAAAUGAAAGUAUACAUAUGAAUUUAAGUAAAAAUAUUACCAACAAUGUAAAUAAUUUUUCGGCAGAACCAUCUAUUAAAACUAGGAGAAGUUCCCAAGGCCUUAAUAAAAAUUUGCAAACUGAUAAGGUAGUAACAAAUAACAUCAUACAAGAUCAGAGGGUUAUGGUCUCUAAAAAUUACAUGAAUUCUGCAGGAGGUGACAAACAGGAUAAAUUUAUUCAAAGUGAUAGAAUUGAGCAGGGAAACAACAUGAAUAUAAAUAGCGGUGAGAAUGACGGUGCAAAUGAAGAUGAAGAUAUUCGUAGGGUUAAGACAGAACUUGUUAAUGAAGGUACAGACGAUGACGAUGCGAAGGAGGACAAGGAAGAAGACUACAUGGAUGACGACAAGGAAGACAAUAGGGAUAAUAGGGAACAAGGAGAAAAUUUGCAGAAUGGGAAAAGUAAAAGAGGAGAAGGCGAUCACAACAAAAAAGGAACAAAUGGAAUCAAUGACGAAGAUGAUAGUGAUAAUAAAAAGGAUUUGUUUGAAUAUGAAAAAUCCCCAUCCAAUUCUACCUUAAGUAACUUUAUAAGCUUAAAUGAAGAUGACGAUAAUAUAAAACUAAUUGAAGAAAUGAAUUAUGAUGAUAAAGAUGUGCGACAUAAAAAGGAUAAAACUGUUUAUGAAAUAGAUUCCAGUCCUAAACCUGUAAGGUCACAAAAAUUAACAAAGAUGCAUGUAAUUACGAAAACAGAACAAGAUGAUAAUAUUAAUAAUAAACAUAUAAUAAAUAAAUCAUUAAAUAUAUCUCCAAAAAAUUCAGGAGAUCAUUCUUUAAAUAGCUCUCUAAAUAAUAUAACUGAUAAGGAUAAUGAUGAUAUAUCUAUUAUAUCAGAAAAAAAAGAUAAAAUAAAUUAUUUUGAGGAGAAUUAUGAUGACUCGAAUUCUGAUUUUAUACCUGGAAUGUCACCUAUGAAAAUUAGGAAAAAAAAAAAAACAAGUGAAUUAUCCACUCCCAUUUCGUACGCAGAUGAUUUGAUGAAUUUUUGA